UGGUAUUAAAUUUGUCGUUCACUUGAAAUACUUCUACAUCUCUUUCCUGAACACAUUUUACACGUGGAAAUGGUCGCAGGGAUCUUGAACGCAACAAAAGUUUAGUACAAGGCAGACUUCGAACCUCAGUACUGUCAUGGAGAACAAACUUGUGGACAGCACUUUCACUGCAGACCCAGGAGGUGCCGGAGCCACACAAGAGGACCCCGCUGUAGCAGAAAUGGUCAGCAGGCAGCUCUCAGAACCUGGGCGUUUUGCUUAUGCUGCUCUGUGUGCUGUGUCCCUGGGUCAGCUGUUUAGAGAGCCUGAACACAGCGCCUACAGGGACCGGUACCUGCAGGGCUUGGUGCACUGGCUGGCCCUGGAUGACUCGGUCUUGCCUGUGAUGAGGGCUUUCCUCUCGGGGCUGGGCUGUGAGGGUUCAGACACCUUCCUCUCCAUCCUACAGGCUGAACCACUGCUGGCUGCAGGGGCUACCUCCAUCAUCCAGGACUUAGUGUCUUUUUCGGUUAAAGAUGGCCAUUAUGAUGCUAGAUCACGAGUUCUGAUCCGUCAUGUCAGCUGCCUACUCCGAGUGUCUCCACAGCAGCUCGAGGAGUUUGAGGAAACACUGGGAGAGAGGCUGAGGGAGGCAGGAGAGGAGACAGAGGAGGAGUCUUCUCGGCGGAGGAGGAAAGAAAGAGGUCGCAAAUUGCGCCGCUACCUCCUAAUUGGACUGGCAACAGUCGGAGGUGGAACUGUCAUUGGUGUAACAGGUGGACUGGCGGCUCCUUUAGUGGCAGCAGGAGCAGGGGCAGUGCUGGGGGCUGGAGGGGCAGCUGCCCUGGGCUCAGCCACUGGCAUCGCCAUCAUGGCCUCUCUGUUUGGAGCAGCUGGGGCUGGACUGACAGGGUAUAAGAUGAAUAAAUGUGUUGGAGCCAUUGAAGAGUUUGAAUUCCGGCCAAUGAGUUCUGGAAAGCAUCUGCACCUCACUAUUGCUGUCACUGGGUGGCUCUGCAGCGGGAAAUACAAUUCGUUCCAGGCCCCGUGGUGCAGGCUGGGGGAUUGUGGGGAGCAGUACUGCCUAGUGUGGGAGUCCCGUUUUCUCCGAGACCUGGGUUCAGCCAUGACCUCUCUUUUGGAUGGUCUGGUCAGCAUGGUGGCACAGGAAGCACUCAAAUACACUGUUCUCUCAGGUAUAGUUACCGCUCUCACAUGGCCGGCAUCUCUCUUAGCUGCAGCCAGUGUGAUUGACAACCCAUGGUGUGUGUGUCUGAGUCGCUCUGCUGAAGUGGGAAAGCACCUGGCACAGGUUCUGAGGAGCAGGCAGCAGGGGAAGCGUCCUGUCAGUCUGAUAGGGUUCAGCCUCGGAGCUAGAGUUAUUUACUUCUGUCUACAAGAGCUCGCAAAUGAACAAGGCAGUGAAGGGAUGGUGGAGGAUGUGGUCUUACUGGGAGCCCCUGUGGAAGGUUCUGAAAGGGCCUGGGAGAAAAUGACGAGGGUAGUUGCUGGAAAAAUUGUUAAUGGAUACUGCAGAGGAGAUUGGCUUCUAGGCUUCCUGUACAGAAGCUCAGCUGCCCAACUGUCUGUUGCUGGGUUACAACCAAUCAAUGUCCAGGACCGGCGCAUAAUCAAUGUAGAUCUUUCCUCUGUGGUCAAAGGUCACUUGGACUACAUGCAUCAGAUGGACACUAUCUUGGUAGCAGUAGGAGUGCCUACAAAUGAAGUCCAUGGAGCUUCUGUCAGUCUCCUGUCUCAGUCUGUGGCAGUUCAAAAUAAGACAGUGGAUUUCUCUGACCAGACUUUAGAGGAGCAUCCUGCCCCCAGUGAGGAAAUCCAGGAGACAGAGGAGCAGGCCACAGAUGGCUGGGAUAUCCCUGAUAUUUCUGACCUGCUGGACACGCUAAGUGAAAUUGAACCAGAGAACAGUGAACUUGUAGUGCCACUUUCUUCUCAGGACAAUAUUACUGUCAGUGACACUGUUUCCAAUGGGCUGAGCUCAGAGGAGGCAGACAGUGAGCACAUAUCAUGGAGCUGGGACGAUACACAGUGGAUCACAGAGCACACACUUGAACAGAAGAGGCCAAACUUGUAAAAAAAGAGCAUGUCAGUGGACGAGCUGCUUACUUGUAAACUCUUAACAGUUUGUUUCAGCAUCUUUGAGGAAAAAAUCCAUUCUAUUCUCAACACAAACAGCACAGUGAUCAAAUAUGGCAGCUUCAUUUGUGUUAAGCCACCUUAAGGCUAAUCUCAUUUCUUGAAACUGUGAAUUCUGUCUUAAUUUAUUAGUUAUUGAUAGCAUCCUUAUGGGGUGUGAAAAGAAUGAUAUGAUACACAUCUUCUCACUGUCUAAUUUUACCAGUUGGCCUGGUUACCAUGGAUAUUAUCACAGUUACAUUAACACCAUAAGGCUUCAAAAAAUUCACUCAGUGCAUUUCAAAGAUUCAAGGACUUCAAAAACUAUUACACUGUGCACAAAACACUGGUAGGAGAGAGCAUAACAGCUCUUAAGAGUGCUUUUGGAUUUGUCAUCAUUUUAAAUCAACAGUUUGAGAUUAUUGUUGAAGCCAUAAAAGAAUUCUGCAAAUCAUGUUACAUUUUUUGGUGUGUGAACUGAAUUUACAGAUUAUGUUCAAUAGGAUCACAAUUAUAUUUUCUAAAAUACAGUAAUAUUUCAACCGUCUAUGUAAUUUCUAUGUAAGCCUAUGUAAUCUAAGUCUAUUAAGAAAGUCAAUCUUAAAUUCAGAAUUAAACAUGCUUCCCACCGUGAAGAUAAAAUGCUGAACUGGUUCAACAUUUUUGACAACCUACCUAUUUUUUUCAUCUUUUGCAGACCUCAAGAUAAAAAACAUGUUCUGGAUUCAUUUUUUCUCUGUAUUUUUUGAAUGACUGCACUCUUUUACAGUUACAUUUGCACUUUCUCUUAUUGCCGAACACAAUCAGUUUGUGCUUGGUUUGGCAAAAGAGCAGGUGGCUCAAAUCAAGUCUGUGCAGCAACAAACAGGUUGAGUCAGUGCAGUUAUUGAACAUUAACACUUUUUUGUUAAUGUGGUUGUUUGUACGAAUGUGACUCCUCUCAAAUUGUGUCCUUUAUAAAUUGAUACCCAUGGCAACUUAUGUGUUUUACCUA